GCUGUGAACAAGUUGCUGGGAUUGUUGUCCGUUGUGACUGGGCCAAAAUGGGUGCCACGUAUCAGAGACACGAGAUUGCAAGGGGGGAGGUAAGUAGCCGCUGGGAACUGGGGUGCAAGUCGAUCCAAGUGACAAGAGAAGGAAGAAAAUCGCAAGGGAUGGGAUAAAGUGUGGCUGCACUGGGAGGGGAAAGCGAAGACUGUAAGGUGAAAGGGAAGAAAAGAGUGGGAAAGAAAAUGUUGCAAUGAUGGGAAGGCAGGAAGUGCAAGAUGGGGGGAAUGGAGAAGGCUGCAAAGGAAAGAAGAACAUUUUAUCGACUAAGUUAGACAUAGGAAUUCACCAAGGUAAUGCUUCCUUGAACAGGAAUUUAGAAUCUUUAGCUUAAGGCUGCGCACGUUCAGUAAGCGCUACAUGGAGAAUACAAUAUGGUGAUGGUUAUUGCAAUGAACAAUUUGGCUGUUGUGAAAUUUAAAUCUGGAGCUGAGACCUAAUGAGCAGUAAAUAGGCAGAAAACAAAAAAACACAAAGUUGCUGGAAAAGCUCAGCAGGACUGGUUUUUGGUUUUUAUUUCGUAAAUAUGCAGAAACUGCUUGUUAAAAUCUUCCGACUUUCCAUUCUGCCAACUGCUUUUGCGAUGAAAAUUAAUUUUCUGUAACCUCAUCGAUCUGCAGGAGUUGAUAUUGUGUUUUUUUUAUUUGAUAUGGCAGUAUAUGUCAGUUAUUUUGCAAAAUCCUUUGGCUGCUAACUUAUGCCUAUUGCUUUGUGCCACUUUAAAUACGUAUUGUGUGGGGAAUUAAUACUGCCCUUGUAUAAUCUGUUAUAUGAAGGAUGUAAUAGCAGAGGAUUUAAAUAUACAUAAUAUGAUAAAACAGAACCCGCAAGGCUUCAUGAAAAGGAAAUAAAGCCUGAAAAUAAAACCUAAAAUUCCUGGAGGAGGUAAAAAGCAAUAUGGAUAGAGGGAACCAAUCUAUGUAUGACAUUUGGACUUCCAAAAGACAUGUUUUAAGAUACUGUACAGAAGCUACUUAAUUAGAUCAGACACCAUAAUAAAAACUGAAUAAAAUGCGGAUGCUGUAAACCAGGAGCAAAAACAAAAUUGCUAGAGAGGCUCAGCAGAUCUGGCAGCAUCAGUGAAGGAAAAAACAGAGUUAACGUUUCGGGGCCAAUGGCCCUCCCUCAGAAUGCUAUAAUGUUGAGAUUUAGGAAAUUAGCAGACAUAGAUGUUUGGCUAACUAAUUGAAAACCUCAGCUACAAAGAUAGAUUGGAGAAGUUAGGACUGUUUUCAUUGGGCAGAAGAAGGCAAAGAGUAGAUCUGAUAGAUAGAAGUCUUCAAAAUCAUGAGAUGUCCACAUGGAGAAGACAGGGAAAACUGUUGCUGCUCAUAAAAGCAUGAAGAAUGAGAGGGCACAGAAUUAAAGGGAUUUGCGAAUAUGAGAAAGGUGUUUCACAUAAUGAAUGCUUUAGGUUUGGAAUGCGCUGCCUGAAAGUGUGGUUGAGGCAGGUUCAUUUGAGGCAUUCAAGAGGAUACUAGACAAUUAGUGGAAAAGAAAUAGUGUGCCAGGGUAUGGAAGAAAAAGGGCAGGAGAAUGUCUCUAAGUCAUAAUAGUCAUUGGGUAUCAGUGCAGACACAAUGGGCCAAAUAAUCUCCUUCUGUACCAUAACUCUUCUGUUAUUCUGUGAUGCUAAUCAUUACCAUAAAAGCAAGAUCUCUUGUAAUCUAUGUCCUUCCUAAUCACCAGAGUUAUGUACUAAAUGUAAACUCUUUUUUAUAACUGUGAAUCUUCUUUGUUCAACAGCAGCAGAGAAAGCACAGCAUCAACCUUUUUUUGGAUGAAGCUCCAGUUCUACCUCUGCAGGCAGAUUUUGCGAAUCCUUUUUUAUUGUGAGAAAAUUACAUACAGCGGAAAAGAGAUGUUCCAGGUGUACAAAAGUGACUAGCUGCAAAAAUAACAUGCCAAACAUAAAAUUUCUCUUUGCAGAAAGAGUGCUUGGGAAUUAAAUUAUAACUUUAAUGGCUUUUAAUAAUUUGGCCUAGUUGGAGGUCCUAGAUCUUACACUUUUUAAACAGAUUGUUGAUGGGAUCUGGACAUUGUUGGCUUGGAAAACAUUUAUUGCAUAUCCUUAAAUAUCCAGAGGGCAGUUCAGAGUUAACCACAUUGCUGUGGGUUCAGAGUCACAUGUAGGCCAGACCAGGUAAGGAUGACAAGUUUAAUUUCCUGAAAUAUACAUUAGUGAACCAGAUAUCUUCUUCUUAUGACACUCAACAGAGGUCCUAUGGUUGGCUUUCUUUGAAAUUCCAGGUUUUUAAUUGCACUCAAGUUUCACCAUCUGUCAUGUUAGGAUUUUGAACUUGUGUCCCCAGAACACUAUGAUCGUUGAAAACAGCGUGAGUCAUACCGUUUCAAGAAACCUGUUUUCUGUAUUGAGAAACAUUAGCUUUUUGUUGACAAUUUUGAUUUAGGAGUCUCUUUGUCCUAUAAUAUUGAAUUUUGCACAAAAAGAAAACAGUCAGCAAUCAAGGUGCUUCAUAGAUGUUCUCUCUCUGUGAGAUCCAGUAACUUAUUUUACACUGAUUACUCCAGUAUGCAUGUACCACAACACUAUGGUUUUGCUCUCGUUUGAACUCACCAGUGGCACAUAAACUUGCCAAUGCCAGGAUCUGUUGGGAUUGGUGCUGCCACUAUCAGAUUAAAAGCCCGACUCUGCACGAGGUCAAUCAAUGCUAGCCAUAAAUAUCCCAUCUCAGCCCACCUAACGGUGAGAAGGCUUAUCAUGCCCAUGAUGGUGAUGGUGGAAGCAUGAGCUGUAAUGUAUGCAUUCUCAGCCUCAGGCAGAGGAUUUUGAAAUGGAGAAAUUAGUCAUGGUUGCAGAAGGUAGUCUUUGACACCCAGUAACCAAACCAAGCAAAGCAUCAGGCCCUUGAAAUGAAGCAGGAUCAUGAAAAUUUUCAAAGAUACAGCUACAAAGGCAAUUCUCCUGGUAUGUGGGACAGACUUCGAAGAUGCGGUAUCAAUGGUCACAAUGAUUUGUACAUUGCUGGAGUGGAACUGCUCUCUGUUGAUGAAGUCAGCUAUAUUAUGAAAUGGUGCUUUCAGUGCAAGGUGUGUAGAGUGUCCAGCCACUGGGAGAAACCUGCUAUGCUGGCAAAGCAUAGAGCCUAAGCUGCAGUACUGAUCUUAUUACAGAGAAACAAGAUGAAGGGGUAUGGUCUGUCAUAAAUUGACAUUUGUGGCCUGUAGGUUUCCAGUGGAUAAUUGGAGGCAGCCAGAUGUAUAAAACUUUAAUCCAGCUGACACCUUGAUAGAUAUUAGAAUAAGUUGACCACCCACGCUUUCAAGUUGCACAUCCCGGUCCAGCAGAGAUGGCAUAGAUCUGUGACAGUAUCACAGGAUAUCCUCAUCCUGGAGGAAAUGAUGUGCCUCUGGGACGCAGGUACCUCCUCUGUACCUUGAGGGAACAUUCUGUUGUUUUUUUUCUUUUAUGUGGAGGUUGUUUGGUAGCUGCUGGAGGUUGGUGCUUGUCCAGGGCUGGCAAUCAUUUCCGCCUCAAUUUUGUGGUGAAAUCAUUGCCACAGUGAUUGUAUCAUCUGCUGGGAUUAGAUCUUUCCCAAUGAACUGCCCAGGGAACAAUCACAAUCAGAACAAGUUCUUAGUCAUGUGAGCUGUCAGCAUCUCCUACCGUCAAGCCAAUUUUGAAUCCAACUAGCUAGCUUUCCCUGGAUCCCAUGUAAUCUAGCUUUACUAACCAAACUACAAUGCAGAACCUUGUCAAAGACUUGCUAAAGUCUAUAUAGACAACAUUUAUCACUCUGCCGUCAUCUAUCUUCUUGGUCACAUUUUCUAAAGACUCAAUUAAAGUUUGUGAGGCACGAUUUCCUACGAACAAAGCCAUGCUAACUAUCCCUAAUCAGUCCUUGCCUCUCCAAAUGCAUGUAAACCCUGUCCUUCAGAAUCCAACAAUUCCAAGACUGCUGGAAUAUCUUGUUAAUGACCUUUGAUGUAGUGGUCCUUACUCUGAUAUUUGCAGCACAAACCAUGCCGCACAAAUAUAGAAGAUUGUCAGUGUGGUAAGAAUGUAAGAAAAAACUGAAACCCUGAACCUCCUGCCUCACCAAAGGAAGACCAUUUUUUAGCAGCAUGUAGCAAAUACAUGCAGUUAAAGAUGAGAGGUCAUCAGCUCUGUUAUGCAGUUUACAAAAUCUUGCAAUGCCUUUGAGAAUUGUGACAGGUGAGUGACAAUUUGAAGGUUAACUGUGAUUAUAUCUGCUGCACAGAGAUGACUGAUAAUAACCAAUGACAUGAUCAAGAUGGCUGGCGACAAGAAUUUAUAUUCCACCCACUUGAAAAGUACCUGUGUUUGCCAUACAGAGUACUACUUUAAAAGAUAUCUUCAACCUGGACUGUGCAAGUAAAUGGCAAGUCAAUGUAACAUCCCCGUGAAGGGCAUCACAGACCGGCUUAACCAGCAAUGCCAACAUCCCACGAAUUAAUAAAAUACUUCAGGUACUUGGUGAAAAUUGGCACAAAAUAUGUAGAGACUAAAGACUUCGAGAUUAGUUUGAAAUAAAACCUUCAAGGGAGAUUUAAUCGGCGUUCAAAAUUGCAGAAGAUAUUUGAGAAGGGGGGAAGGAAAUUAUUCCCAAUGACACAGAUAGAGAACGCAUGGGAGCAAUUAAGAAUGAUUUUUUUUUCUUACCAGGAGCACUGUUAUGACUUGAAAGUGACGGGAAGGCAAAUUUAAAAAAAUAGUAACUGUGAAAAUGUGCAAAGGCCUGGGAACCAGCGGGAUUGUUCGGCAGACGGAGCUGGGCCGCAAAGUUACCCACUUGUUUAUAAAUCUGUGCGCCCCUGUGCAAAGGAUUCUGCUCUUGGUGUAUUUAAUGAGACUGCCCGCCUCUGCUGCAAGAUUCUCUUUGUUUUGCUGACGGCUCCAAACUUGAUGCAUGUCUGAUCCCGGUGGGGGAAGAAGUUUAUUUUCGGCAAAAACUGAAAGAUUAUCAACAAGAAUGGAAUAAGGAUAAAUUCUAAAAAUGAAAUCAAACGUACAACUGGAUUCCAAGACAUCAGCAUGACAGAAAUCGCAACAUCUGUUUGGAAGCUAGUUCCAAAAUGCUUGAUGCCUACUCGAAACACUGGCUUAACUCCACAUGAACUUUACCCGGAUUAAUGUUCAGGAAAACAAAGUUUCAUUCAUUUUCUUUCAGAAAACUUUCAUUAUUCCGACCAGACUUCCUUUUGUCGAAAUAUGUGUCAAACUGCUGCUCAACAACCAGCCUGUCAAACAAUGAUUGAGUUACAAAGAGAAAUCACUUUGAAGAGGGAAUAAAUUGCAGAAUUUGUCAACACUGGUUUCCCCAGAUCUGUUUCCUGGCUUUCCCACAUUUUUGUCAGAUCAGUGGAGAAGUAUCAUUCAAGAAGGUUUCGCUAUGUUUGCUCACAGGCUUCAGAAGCAGCAGUGGUUUCUCUGUUUGCUGGUUUUUACCGUGCUCCUGUUAUCGGUCGCUUUUACUUACACGGACAAGAUUGACUUUGCACUUAAAAAAUUAUUCGCCGUGAGAAAGUGCAAAUGUAACAGUUGUGUGUCAGAAUUAAAUGAAUCAGCAUGGUUUGACAAGCGAUACAUUCCUACUAUGUAUCCCAUCCUGACCAAAAAUAGCUUCACACUUCCUGAGGCAUCCUAUAAAUGGUGGCAAAGGCUACAAAGUGAAAGGAAGCCAUCCAAUUAUAGCAGUGUCAUGGAAGAACUAUUUAAGCUGUUUCCAGGUGAUGACAAGCUCAUGGACCAGGGACCAAACAGAUGUCGGACCUGUGCAGUCAUAGGAAAUUCUGGCAACUUAAAAGGUUCUAACUACGGGCCGUCAAUUGACUCUAAUAACUUAGUAAUGAGGAUGAACACGGCAAGGACCACUGGCUAUGAGGCGGAUGUAGGCAGUAAAACUACACAUCACUUCAUGUACCCUGAAAGUGCUCAGAAUCUCGCAGAAAACGUUUCUUUGGUUCUCAUCCCUUUUAAAUUAUUGGACAUCAAGUGGCUAAUUAGCGCUUUCACAACAGGCAACAUCACUCGUACCUAUAUACCAGUAAUGCGUCACAUCAAGGCAGAUAAAGAUAAGGUAUUGGUCUACAGCCCACAUUUUUUUAAAUAUGUUUAUGACAACUGGAAUGAGCACCAUGGAAGAUACUCCUCAACUGGCAUGCUGGUCAUAGUUUUUGCACUUCAUGUCUGUGAUGAGGUGAAUGUUUAUGGGUUUGGAGCCAACAGCUUAGGACAUUGGCAUCAUUACUGGGAGAAGAAUGCAGGCGGAGGAGCCUUCAGAAAAACAGGAGUACAUGAUGGAGAUUUCGAAGCCAAUGUCACAAAGAUGCUUGCCGAUGUUGGUAAAAUAAAUUUAUUCAAAGGUACUUGACAUUGUAGCACUGUGAGUGAGCUCCAGGCAAACGUUAUGCAUCUGUGAAUAUCUUUGUGUUCACUGAGGUGAUGGAUUGUUGAACUAGGAAAUUGAACAUUACAUUGGAAACUCAGAAAUUCAGCUCCUAUUUGGAAUUAGCCAAAAGAAAAGUCAGACUGCUUCUUCUCUCUUUGAAUAAUGUGCCUUAACUCCAGCCUUAGAAAAUCAUGCCUUACUAAAACGCCAAUGUUUUUCUUGUUACCUAUUUUACAACUACCUUUGAAGAGUCUGUUUCUCAAUCCAGCCUAAUUUGUACCAAAUUACAAGCAAUUUCUUGACCUAUAUCAAUGGUAAAUUCUUUUGAUAUGUUCACUAUGUCUGUCCAUAGCUUUAGUCUGAAAAACAGUUUUUCAGUUAGAGAAUGAAGAGUAGACAGAAUCUGACUAUUGUGCACUAUAUUAAAACAAAAGAAAUGUCAUUAAGAACUUUUAGUUCAGUAAGAGUGAUCAGAUUACUUAGACAACUUUCCACUAGGACCAAAUUACAACAGGAUUAUCAACACGAGGGAGACUGGCACAGCCAACAACCUAUGGUUAAAAACAUUGGUAGCAAGAAUAUUCUUAAAUUGUAAAUAAAUGAAGUUUCAGAGAGGAAAAGCUAGACACUUUAUUGCAUAGAUGAAGCCUGUAAAUGAAGUGUGAAGAUUCAAGAAUGCUCAUUGACAGAUUGGAGUUAAUUGGUGUUGCUGUAUUUAAAUUUAAGACCUCUUUUAUCUAAUAGAAACUAACAUUUAACAGAAUGUGAUAUGGUGUCAGCAAGUAGAUAUUGAGUAAGCUCAGAAUCAGAGUUAGGCUAUGUUUCUAAUACAGUUGAGUCACCUGCUAUGCUAAUUAUCCAGACCUGAAGUUGGGUGAACUUAAUCAGAUUAGUCAGCGUCACAGAAUUAUUUCCCAGACUGUCCAUGCUAUUCAGGAGGCGAGCAAACUGAAAGAAAUCCCAACAAUCUUCAAGCAGCUUUUUGCUGUCAAAAAAUGUUAGUGCCUCAUGAAACAUUGAGGGUUAGGCAUUUUUCAUUUUCUUACAAAUCGUGUUGAAAGUCACUAUCACAUCUUCGACUUUAUAUAACAAGCCAUCCCCAACACCAAAACAAAAUGUUCAGAUUCUUUUUUGCUGAAGUCAGUGACCUUUACUCUCAUUACAUUAACAUCCUGAAAGGACACUGAUCUGAUUAUGAUAUUAACCAGUGAAGUACUUAAUUGGAUUAGGUUUCAUACAGAAGUAUGUCUGUUUGGGCUAAUAGGGAUAUAUAAUUGUUUCUGCUUCCCUGCCCUGAUCUGCAACAAAUUGGUCUUGGUAUUUAUUCUCACUGUUUGAUGACUCUGAAUGGCAAGACUAUAAAUCCAGAAAGACUAGGGAAUUGAAUCUGAAUACAGACUUCACCUUAAGUAACACUGCUACUGUUCACUUGCUGCCGUGGAGUAAGAGAAUGAAACAGCCAGGAUUUCUGCUCCUAAUCACUAUACUGUUGGAAAGCAUACUCUUGUGGCUAUUGGCUCAAGAUGGGAUCAGAUUCAGUGUGGUGCUGUCUCAGUUGUCAAAGUAGCUUGCUGGCACUCGCUAUUGAGGCUCACUCAUAAAGAAUGGCUUCACAAAUUCAAAUCAAACCAUACUCCAGCAGAGCCACCUUCUCUCCUGAAAAGUUCUCAAGUCUCCUCACUGUUCAACCAAUGUGCUGGCCAGUGUUAUUCUCCUGUUGAUGGACAGAAAUGUGUGCUUAUCUACAUGGUCAUUUUAGGCAUUGAAGUAGAAAUGAAACUGAACAAGGCAAAUCCACUACACCGACAGAAUGAAAGUUGAAAAACACUACCUCAUACACUGAAAACUGGACUAUGAAAAGAAGCAAAACCAAACAACUAUUUGAUGAGAACAAAUUGCUUUAAACUGGCUGUAAAGUGCUUUCCAUGACUUGUGCUGUGGAGUAACAGAAAAAAAAGACAUGAAGGCAUUUCUUGUGUUAAUGCAUCGUAGUUUAGUCAGCCGUCUAGCAAUUACAUAAGCAAGCUAAAGUCUUAGAAAAGAUGCUUGAAGAUGGCUAAGUUGAAAUUGAUGGACAUCAAUAAUGUAUGUGUGCAAGUUCAUUAAAAUGCCUUGUUCUCAUGUUAUCGGGUGAAGCCAGCAGAGUUAUUUAGGGGACUAAUAUAUACAUGCGUGGCUCUUCACUUUCUGCUUGAAAAGACUGUCAGAGGAGAGAGAAUACCUCAAGAAUUCUGUGUCAUCUGAUGGAAGGUGAACUUUGAAGUGAAGCUAUAAGGGGUAAUUCCUGCCAUCCCAUUCCUCCUUAUUCCCCCAUACUCCUAUAGUGGUAGUUGAACUUAGAUCUACAACACUAUUGGCCUAUUUGCAAAUCUCAUAUGUCCCCAGUGGGUGUCAAAAGGAGUUUUGAGUUAUCCCUACAAAACUAGAAAGCGGGAAGUUAUUAACUGUGUUUAUCAAAUUAAUUGAUGAAAUGGAAAGAUGCUGCUACUAUAAUAGCUCCUGAAUAAAUAAUAAAGGGCUGUAUUGUUGCACAGAAUUUUCAGUAAGUUGUGUGUUAAUGACAGCCAGCUAGUAAUCUGCCUUUCAAGGUUCUGAUGAUGGCCACCUCAACUGCAGGCUUUCAAGGAAUAUCUUUCUAUCCUAAACUAAGACUUGAAUUACAGGCCAAUUCAAUAGUCGAGAUUUUUGAAUACUUGAAAAGAGUCAAUGAGAAAGAAAUUUGAAUUUCAUUUACAAAGUUCCAAACUCUGUAUCUCAAAAUCACUGUUUGAAAGUAGAAUUGUAGUACCUUGAUUCUUGUGUCACUUGGUCUUAAUAACUUCAGAUUAAAAAGUAUAACCAAAUGAAUGUGGUAUGUAAUUUAAAACCAAAUUAAACCUCCAAAUUAGGUCACUUAUUAAAUUGGCUGCAGUACUGAGCUGGAAAGACCGUGACCGUUCCAACUUUGGUCCUUAUUUGGUGCUGAAUAAAGGUGAUCUUAGCAUUACAGUGUCAAUGGUACUGGAAAUGGCUUCACUGGCCCAUAAGAUAGAUAGAGAAAGAAUCAACAGUGUUUUGAUCAUUAUCAAUGUUCAUUUAGACCCUGCUGCAAAAUGAAAUGCUGUGCAUUACUGAAGAUGCAGUAAAUUGCCUGUUCACACACGCAUGAAGAAUAGAAGGGAGUCACCAAACAGUCACUGCCACAUGUAGGAGUGUACCUAGUUAUGAGACAGGGGGCUCAUUUUGUCUUUAGAUAUCAGUUCAGUCACCAGUUACACAUCUAUCCCAAUUUUUAUUUCCACUGAAGUUGAUAGAAGAGAAGUUUGAGACAAUUGUGUAGCUUGAGACUGAAACUAUAAUGCCUAUAAUUUCAAGACUUUCCCCAAUAUUCUUUGGAGGACGAAAAUGGAAAGUUUAGCUUUUAUUUUGCUUGUGUGUUUUUUUUAAUUUCUGGGAUAGAAAAUGGGAAUGGGAUGAUAAGUUUAGUGAAGUACUUCUGAAAUGAUGUGAUGUAUUGUGACUUUUUAGUUCAUUCAGUGCCUUUCUGUGUCGAUACCAGAUAUAAUAUUGUGAUUAUAGGUGUUCAAAUUAGAAGGAUGGAGAGGAAAAGUAGGAGAGAUAAAGAAUUAAUGAUCGCAAUUUUUUAACACUCUUAUUUAACUCUUCCGUUGGGUUUCCUCUGGUCAUUCACCACCAGACAGCUUGAAUAAUGCUUCUCUAUGAAAUUAGCAGUGAAGCCAGUCGGCAAGUGAAUGGUCAGUUUCCUUCAGUACUGUCCAUAGGUCCCAUCCUAUUUCAAAAGCAUUCCCAUGGUGGUGUCAAUGAGAGCUUUCCCUUCCCUGUUCUCACCAUGGCACAGGACUUCAUUGCAAGCUUGAAACUGCCCAAAAAUAUUCAAUGUCUAUUGUUCAUAGCACCACUGUUUAAUUGUCAUUGAAUAAGAAUGUUAGAACUCAGAGCAAAAGUAGGCAAUUCAACCCUUUUAGAGCCUGCUCCACCUUUAGAUACAAUCAUGGUUGAUCAUUUCUCAGCUUCAACUCCACUUUUCUGCCUGUUUUCCAUAAUCUGUUUCUAUUAAAAUCUUUCUCCUCCUUUAAAUUUACUCAAUGUCCUAGCAUCCACUACAGUGAAUUCCAGAGAAUCACGACCCUUUGAGAGAAGUAAUUUCUCCCCAUGUGUCUGAUUUCUCUGAUAUGUAACUUGAUAAUGUUAUAGUUGCUUACAUUUCCAACAAUUUAUGAUUAGGAUUUUUUUAUGAUUAUAUUUUCAUUUGACGUCAAAUCCCUCUGUAAUGAUCUGGAAUAAUGGGAUUUUCAACAAUGUUUUGGGUUCAGUGCCAUAGAAUUGUAUUUUAGCUAGCUCCACUCACUUCCAACCCUGUCCUUGCCAUUUAUUUUGAGAGAAAUUGCAUUUUAAAAAGGAAGUUGCUUCCCUCACACUUUCGGAUAAAUCACCCAAAUCAGUGUUAUAAAAAUUCACCAUAACUUCCAUGUUUCUGUACCCUGUGCUUCCAAACACAAAGCUCAGAAACUCAGGAUAAAAAAAGUAUGGAGCUGGGUGAACACAGCAGGCCAAGAAGCAUCU